UUUGCGCAUCACUGUUGUGUGUUUUUUCACCGUAAACUCCUUUAAUCUCUGCGGGCCGCAAGUUUCCUACGUGCAGACUGACAUGAAUUCUCUCCUGCCCGGACCUUCACUCUGCGACUGAGGAACUGAAUCAUGGCCCGAGCCGCUGCAGCGCGCCUAUCUGCGCUUCUCGUGAUCGUUUGUCACGUAUUGUCAGGAAAAGCUCAGUAUGAGAAAUACAGCUUCAAGAGUUUCCCCGAGAACGACCUGAUGCCGCUCGAGUCUGCGUACGGACACGCGUUAGAGAUGUACGCGUCUCAGAGCUGGAAGGAGUGCGUCAAAUAUCUGGAGCUCAGUCUGCGGCUGCACCGGCUGCUGAAGGACAGCGAGGCUCACUGCAGCCGGACCUGCGGCACCGAAACGCGGCCACGCGACGGUAACAGCACCGACACCAGCCUGUGGAUCAUGGGGCACAUCAUCGCGAGAGCCGCGUGUCUCAAGAAGUGCAAAACAAACUUCCCCGUGUUCUCGAAAUCUCCCCCGAAGAGUGAGACACUGGCUGCGUUCGAGCAGAGGAUUCCCUACCGCUACCUGCAGUAUGUUCAUUAUCAGAUGAAUGAGUUGGAGAAAGCUGUUUCAGCAGCACACACAUGUCUCCAGCGAAACCCUGGCGAUCCACUUUUAUCCCGGACUAUGAACUACUACAAAAGUCUGUUUGAUGUGGAGGAGUAUCUCAUAGACCACGAGGAGAAGCCCUACGAGGCUUUAUUUGUGAAAGCGGUGAAGUUGUAUAACUCUGGAGACUUCAGCAGCAGCGCUCGAGACAUGGAGCUGGCGGCCGCCGAUUAUUUCCAAACACACAGCCUGUGUCUGCAGUCAUGUGAAGGCUCCUAUGAAGUGCAGGAGGUCAAAGAUUUUUAUCCAACGCUAGCUGAUUUCUAUUUUGAGGCUUUAAAGUGUAAAGUUAAAUGCGAGGAGAAUUUGAAGCCAAAUGUUGGCGGCUACUUUGUGGAGAAAUUCGUUGCCACCAUGUACCACUACCUGCAGUUUGCUUAUUAUAAAUUGAAUGAUGCGAGAAGUGCAGCGCCGUGUGCAGCGAGUUACAUGCUGUUUGAUGCAGAAGAUCAAGUGAUGCGGCAGAACGUGGCAUACUACACAUUCUACAGAGAACAGUGGGGACUGCAGGAACAACACUUCAAACCACGACCCGAAGCGCUGAUGUAUUACAAUCAAACCACUCGACAGAGAGAACUGCUGGAGUUCGCACAGAAUUAUCUACAGACAGAUCAUGAGGACAUUGUGACACCAGAGGACACAUCAUCAUCAUCAUCAUCAGAUCCUCCUGAUGAAGAGUUUGAGGGUAUGGGGGAUUAUGAGGAGUCUUUUCUGGCUGAAUGGUGGCAGGAACCCAAAACUAAAGGAGAUACAGGAGAAGCAGCUGAAUAAAACAUCUGUAAACCCUUCUGGAACAAAACUCUACUGUACUCAUGUGCUUUUGUUUCUUCAUUGACUUUGUCUUGUUCUGAUGUAAUAAUUUCAUUAUUUUUCGUUUCUUCACUGAUGAAUAUGUUCUAGCAUUCAUUGUAUGUGUUCUGUGAGUGAGGAGUUGAUCUAUAAAUGUGUACAGGAG